AGCAGUGGCAGCCAGCCUGGCUGCAGGAGAGACCAAAUUGUUUCCUGCUGCAUGUUUGACAGGGGUUUGCUACCCCUGCACCCAUCCCAUGCUGCCCUUCCUCCUCCAUCCCUUCCUGCUGAGGACUGUGCAAGGCUGGAUUCCCACUGGAGCAGCUCUCUCUGUAAGGCAGAGAAAUUCCCCCCCAACGGCGUUAGCAGAAGAGCCAGGCACCAGAUUCAAUUAACUCCCAAGGCUUCCAAGGGGAUUUCCAGCCUGUUUGCUUAGGAGUAAUCCUGUUCCUUGAGUGUGUGGGCAGUGUGGAGCUGUGACAGGGAAGAGCAGGUUGCACUAGAGACUGCAAUGCCAGCAUCCCAGCCACGGUCCAGAGCAAGAGACAGGAACAAUGUCCUCAACAGGGCCGAGUUCCUCUCCCUGAAUCAGCCCUUGAAGGGGAACCAGGAGAGCAGGAGCUCUGGCAGAAAGCAGAGCAGCCAGGCCGGGGCUGCAGGUCCCCAGACCAGCAACCCCAAGGAGCGGAGGCAGUCGCAGCAGCUGCCCGAAGAGGACUGCAUGCAGCUCAACCCUUCCUUCAAGGGGAUCGCCUUCAACUCCCUGCUGGCCAUCGAUAUCUGCAUGUCCAAGAGGCUGGGAGUCUGUGCCAACACGGCCUCCUCCUGGGGUGGUGCCCGCUCCAUGAUCAACCUCCUGGGGAUAACGGGGCACGGGAUCCCCUGGAUUGCGGGUACCCUCAUCUGCCUGGUGAAGAGCAGCACGCUGGCAGGCCAGGAGGUCCUCAUGAACCUGCUGCUAGCCCUGCUCCUGGACAUCGUGAUUGUGGCUGGUUUGCAGAAGCUGGCCAAGAGGAAGGGCCCAUACGACGUCAACCCUGGCUUGUUGGACUACCUGACCAUGGACACCUACGCCUUUCCAGCCGGGCACGCCAGCCGAGCAGCCAUGCUCUCCAAGUUCUUCCUCAACCACCUGGUCUUGGCCAUCCCUCUCCGGAUCCUGCUGGUCCUCUGGGCCCUCUGUGUGGGCUUUUCCCGCGUCAUGAUCGGACGGCACCACAUCACAGAUGUCCUGUCUGGCUUUGUUUUUGGCUACUUACAGUUCAGGCUGGUGGAGUUGAUAUGGAUGUCUUCUAACACGUGUCAGAUGCUGAUAUCCAUCUGGUGAACAGGAGGGACGUGAAGCCUUUCCCCUGGAAACUAGCAGAUACUUAAAGAGUCUCCCUCCCAGUCUUUUCUACAUGUUUGUUGGAAGCAGUUGUAACUUCCAUGAGUAGUUGCCAUUUUUUAAAAUGUUGCUUCCCCACCUGAAAUUGAGGUUUUAGCAAUUGAGGGCCAUACCUGUGUUGUGGCCAUAUUCUCAGACUGUGUUCGGACAGCAACCUAACGAAGCUUUAUGGUGAGAGGAAGGAGCUAUAUGUCUGCCUAGGUUGGGUGGUUCACAUCAGCACCUCGAUGUGUCCUCAGCACGGGCAGCACCUGGGAGCUUCCCCAGAGCACCUUUGGUAACUUUUUUUUUGAGGCUAAAUGAUUUUGGCCACAGUGCUUUUUCUUUUUGUAAGCCCAGCAGUUGCGUCUUGCCCAAGGUCACGGCACUGCUGGCGCUUCAGAGAUAAUAAAUGAUCACAAAAUUCC